AUGCCUUUUACUCUUCGAUGCGACUGCAAGUCAUCCCGACAAUGCCAUUUGCACAACCAUGUUUGCUUCUACUUUCCCGAUUCUUCUCCGUACUGUGCCGCCCUUGCCCUCUUCAUGGCCAUUUUUACAUUUCGCAGGUGUUUUAGUUAUAUUUCACGACGUUCUGCGAUGCGCCGUUUUACAGCGCGCCUCCAGCUGCUCACGUUUGAGACACUUGUUUGCGGGACUCAUGGCGUGUUGCCGCCUCCGACACGUCUCGCUGCGGCAUGUGCGCGCGCCAAGGAGGAGUUUGCAUCGCAGUGCAGCACGAGCGCGCCGCCGCCAACGAUGCUGACAACGGCUGUUGUGGCUACCCACCUGCUGAACAACAACCUCAGAGACGCCGCGGCAGUGCUUGUAUCGCAUCCCUGUCAGCAGCAGGUUCUGGAGGGAGUACGGGACUAUGUGAGGCAACAUCCUGGCGUGUUUUCGGUGUCUACGCUGACCGGCAUGGUAGAGGAGGCACGUUGUGUGAGUGAGGGCGCUGUGGCUACCUUUCUGCGCGCAGCCGUCGAUGAGUUUCUUCACGGCUCAUCCGCUGCAUCUAGAGAGGGCGACGAGGCGGCUGCGUGGGAUGUGCAGCGCGAGAACUUGCGCUCCCUCGUGCUGCGGCACAUUCGCUUUUACCCUGUCUGUGUAUCCUUUCUUCUGGGCUCCCUCUGCGCAGUAAGCCGAGGAUGCGCAGGGGACCGCGAAGAUGUCAUCGAGGUAAUGCAACUCGCCAUGCGCGAGCGCUCGAUGAAUCCGCGGGACUUCGGUGGUGUUCUGGAUGUCGUGUGGAAAUCAAGAGAGCCGCGGCGCGUCGCGAUGAUGUGGGGGUGGAUGCAGCACACAUCUGCCUGCUGGGACGUUCGCGCGGCCUCGAUUGCCAUCAUGGCGUUUUCGGAGCUUCAUCAAAUGGACGAGGCGGUAGCGUGCAUGCAGAAGCUUGCGGAGGCGGACUGUGACCCGACGAUCGACGCUCAGGUCGCCUUUGUAAGGUUCCUGGGGGCGCGAACACCAUCCCUGCUUCAGUAUGCAGCUCAGUUGAUGCUUCACUGGCACCCCUCAGGCGAGCGGCUGUGGCGCGGAGAGGCGCAGGCCGUCGGAAUGGAGCUGGUGAAAAUCUGCUGCGCGUGCGGCGAGCGUAAAUUGGCUGUGGAGAUGCUCGAACAGAUGGUGGCGACGAAUGCAGGUGUGCCAGCAGAGCUAGAGGCGUUUAUGCUGCGGCCCGGUGCCGCUGCCCUCGGUGAGCAUCACAGUGCAUCGGUGGCUACGAGCAAGACGCUGCAGGAAUUGUUCAUUGACGUUCCGUUGCGCCUGCCCAACCUGGGAGAGCAACCAGGACUUGUCGGGCUUCUGCUUUCACUAGGCAUGGCCACCAACCGCCUUCCAGAAGUGUACGAUGCGCUGGAGAAGGCGUCGUUGACACCUGCCAACUUUCAAGGCGCGCUUGGCUGCUUUACGACAGGAAGUGUUGUGAAGGCGGCGAGUCCUGUCGCCGUGCUCGCCUGCGUGCGCGAGGCUGGUGCGCGAACGGGACAUAAAAUUCCUGAGGAGAUGGAGUCGUGGCUGCAGCUAGCGACAGAAAUGUAG